UUUUCCCGGAAGCUUUCCUUGUUAGUCCUCUGACAAGCGUAAAAAGUUUUCAUCAACAGCCGCCAUUUUGAGCGAAUUCGGUCGGGGAAAAACUGGCGUUUUCGACGGAAAUUUCUCAUCAUUUUGGCAAUCAUCUCAUCUGGAACCCCUUUCGGUAUUUUAUUUGGUUAUCACUUCACCCCUAGCGACUGGACGGGAACUCCCAAGUCGUUUCAUCAUGUAACGAAAACGAUUUGAAAACGGCGAUCGUUUUUCACACUCGGCUUUGUACACGGGAAAUUAAGGUUGAACUGCACAGGAUACGUCGAUUUUAAACCAUUUUUAGCAACGCAGUGGUGAAUCUACUUUUUGUUUAUCCGGAGUCCUCACCCAGCAGACAACCGAUGGAUCAUAUCAACGCAAAACUGGAACAUUCCGGUAUCAAGUAAGACUGAAAUAGUGACUUCUUCGUAUCACUGCGAACACGGAGUCGUCAAAUUUUUUCAACAUGGCCGACCUGGAAGGUCCGCCGAACAAGAGGGCGAAACUAUCGGUGCCGAUUUCGACGCCGAGUAGCGACAACACAGAGUUGCUGAAGUUACUGGAUCUGUCCGAAGAACUCAUUGGACCCAGCUCUAACAAUGCCAGCUCUUUGUCCGUCGGGGUCUCCAUGGGGUCCGGUACCCCAACCAAUGGAACCACCUCUGCCGCAGUCAAUGCAGACCCCCACCCCGCGGACAUGAUGCAGAAGAACAAGCAGCUCUCCAAACUGCUGCAGUUCACCCCACGCAGUGUCGGGGGAUCCCCAACGAAUACCAACACGGCCAGCGCUAACAACAGCCCCAAGCCCAACCAGGGAGGUGGUAGCCCUGCAGUGGGUGGGGCUAGUAACCCUAUGGCCAACAGCUUAGCAGCUACAGGCUCCACUGGCAUGACUAUGGGGUCCUUCCCAGGCCAUACCCAGACUGGCAGGACAGUACCCAAUGUGACCAGCUCCCCCAUGGUAGCCAACACCAUGGUCAGCUUCUCCACGGCCGCUUUCUCUUCGACGCCCCAGCUGAACGCAAGUGCAAACUCGCCGGGCAACCUCAUCUCCAGUGCCAGUCAGGCAAUGAUGAACGGACCCUACUCUAUAAAUAGUGCAAAUAACUUAGUGGGCGUUCGGAACACUGUCACAAAUAGCACGGCCAUGAUGGUCACCCAAAACGCUGUCAGCCAGUCAUCGCAGGUUCCCAUGCUGGGCAAUAUGACGUCGGCCAACCCUCAAAACCCAUUGCAGAAGAUUGGAAGGCCCUCAAGCACCCCUCCUGUCGGCCAGUCCAACCUCACCAAUCCCUUUCAGGUCUUCUCCUCAGUGGGCUCCACUGCCUCAACUCCUUCCCUUCAACUGAACGCCAUGUCCACGUACACACCCACCAGCGCCACCACAACUCUCUCAGGUGGCAGCGGCGGUGGCGGCAGUAUCCUGGACAGCCUGAACAUGCCCAACGUCAACAUGACCCCCAACCUGGCCAAUAACCUGGCGGCCAGCCUGCCGGGUAAUCUGACUGGUGUGACAGCAGCCGGCGCCAACCUGCCCAACAUGGCCGGCGGCAUGCACGGCAACAUGGUCGGGGGCUUCAACUCCUCGGGGAACCUGGGCGGCAAUCUUGCCGGCAACCUGUCCACGUCCAGUCUGCCGUCCAACAUCACCAGCAAUGUGCCUGGCAACAUGGCUGGAAACAUGGCAAGCAAUGUCAAUAUGAAUAUUUCAGGUGGCAUUUCUAUGGGAGGCAUCAGCCAAGGUGCUCAGCCUGCCAUGCCUGGUACCCAGCCUGGGGCGGCCGGUGGGACCCAGACCUCCCAAGCCGACCUGGGCAAGCGCAAGCUGAUCCAGCAGCAGUUGGUGCUGCUGCUGCAUGCACACAAGUGCCAGCGGCGGGAGAACCAGGCCAACGGGGAGAACAAGCAGUGCGGCCUGCCCCACUGCCGCACCAUGAAGAACGUGCUCAACCACAUGACCAAUUGCCAAGAGGGAAAGUCUUGCCAAGUUGCCCACUGUGCCUCAUCAAGGCAGAUAAUCACUCACUGGAAGAACUGCACACGUAGUGACUGUCCAGUUUGCUUGCCACUCAAGCAUGCGUCCGACCGACGACACGCAGAGAAAUUGUUGCACAGCGCCAUGGCCGGCCCUUUGCCUGGCUCCACUGCCAUCACCACAACCAUUGAUCAGAACUCAAUGCAGCGGGCUUACCAGGCACUGGGCAUCCCGUACAACACCAAGAAUCCCACCAGGCCACCGGGAAUGCCGAACACUCUCAAUACCUCUGGUAAUGUGCCGGGUGCUUUCACUGGUCCCCUGACCAACGCUGGUGCCCAGCAGCAGACAGAGGCCAUGCUGCAGUCCUUCAAUCCCGGCGGCAACAGCGGCGGCAAUGCUGGCCCCAACAUGGGCAUUGCAAUGCCCAUUAGCGGCACCACGCAGCCUUGGCAGCAGUUUGUCACCCAGGAUUUGCGGAAUCACCUUGUCUUUAAAUUAGUUCAAGCAAUAUUUCCUUCGCCGGACCCCCAGGCCAUGAAGGACAAGCGAAUGGGGAACCUAGUGGCCUAUGCCCGCAAAGUAGAAAAGGACAUGUACGAGCAAGCCAGUAGUAGGGAGGAAUACUAUCACCUCUUGGCUGAAAAGAUUUACAAGAUCCAGAAGGAGUUGGAGGAGAAGCGACAGAAGCGGAUGCAGGAGACAGGAGGUACCAACGCUGCUGGAGGAGGUGGCAUCCCAACAACAGCAGCGGCAGCACUGGCCCAGCUACAACCUCCUCAGCAACUGACUCAGCCCAGAUUGCCCACACAGAAUGGUCCGAUGAGCGUUGCUCCAGCCACCCCGGCCCCACCCUCUGUCGGCUCCAACUCAGUCCCCCAGAUUUUGACUCCCCCCUCCAGCAUGGCCCCCGCCAGCCAGCUCACCAACCAGAUCACUCAGAACCCCUUCACCCAAUUCCCCCCGCUGCCCACCACGGCCAACAACAACGGCAACAAGCAGCCCCCGUCCAAUCUGGGCAUGCAGGUACUGACUCCGCAAUCACAACAGCCGCAGCAACAGCAGCAGCAGCCUUCGAUGCCAGCUACGCCACAGUCGCAGGCAAGCCAAGUUGGCAAACAGGGGAUCAUAGGCAGUGCUAACUCCACCCCUCCUACGCAGACGGUGGGUGUGACCUUGCCGCAACCCAAUGCCAUGGCCCCCAACACCACUACCGAUUCUGCGCUGGCAGAGGCAAAUCAACAGGUUCAGCCAGCCACCCUUGGCAAGCAGCCACCUUCCACAGAGCAGGCUGCCCAGCCCUCCUCUGAGACCACCACACCCGCUGCCACGCCCCAGCCCAAGCAGGAGCCAGCCCUGACCCCCAAGGGAGGCAAGCAGACCCCGGCAGGGCCAUCCAGCUUGGAAUCGGGAGUCAAACAGGAACCCGGCGACAACGGCAACCUAUUCACCUGCAGUUUCAACAGCACGCCCACCUCCCAGCCGGACGGCAUGAGCGGAGUUGGGAAAGGCAGUGGCAAGGGCUCUGGCAAGGCUGGUAAUGGCAAGGCCGGUAACGGCAAGGCUGGUAACGGCAAGGUUUUGAUUAAGCAGGAACCAGGCGAGAACCAGGAUGUAGUGGUGAAGUCAGAACCGGGCCAAUCGGCCAGUUCACAGGUGCAGCAGAAGCAGCCUGUCAAGACUGAGCCAACUAAAGCCCCUAGGUCAAAGAAAGUUUUCAAGCCGGAUGAGCUUCGGCAAGCCUUGAUGCCAACCCUGGAGAAGCUUUACCGUCAGAAUCCUGAGUCCCUUCCCUUCCAGCAGCCGGUGGAUCCCAAGACCUUGCAAAUACCGCCUAAGAACUCCCCCGUCAACGGAACUCGAGCCAAGAAACCCAACCCCAAACCCUGUGAGGACUACUUUGACAUCGUGAGGCAGCCCAUGGACCUGUCCACCAUCAAGCACAAGCUGGACACCGGGGUGUACCAGAACCCCUGGCAGUAUGUGGACGAUGUCUGGCUGAUGCUGGAGAAUGCCUGGCUGUACAACCGUAAGACGUCCCGCGUCUACAAGUACUGCUCCAAGCUCGCCGAGGUAUUUGAGACUGAGAUUGACCCUGUCAUGCAGAUGCUGGGGUACUGCUGUGGCCACAAGUUUGUUUUCCACCCGCAAGUUUUGUGCUGUUAUGGCAAGCAGCUCUGUACCAUCCCGCGUGACGCUGCGUAUUGGAGCUAUCAGAACAGGUAUCACUUUUGUGAGAAAUGCUUCAACGAGAUCGAGGGUGACUCGGUGACAUUGGGAGAUGACCCAACGCAGUCACAGACGUUCUGGUGGACUGGCAAUGACACAAGGUUCAACCAUUCUAAGCAACUGGAAAGUACUAUCAAAAAGGAGAACUUUGUGAAAAUGAAGAACGAUACCCUGGACAUUGAACCGUUUGUAGACUGCUUGGAAUGUGGGAGGAAACUCCACGUGAUAUGUGUCCUGCACAAUGAGGUCAUCUGGCCUGAAGGCUUCAUCUGCGACGGUUGCAGAAAGUCCAAAGGCAUCAAGAAGAAGGAGAACAAGUGUAAUGCUAAGAAACUGCCGUCAUCGAAGCUAGGCACCCACUUAGAGAACCGAGUGAACAAGUUCCUGAAGUGUCGCAAUACGGGAGCUGGGGAGGUAACCAUCCGGGUGCUAGCCAGCUCUGAGAAGACGGUGGAAGUCAAAUCGGGCAUGAGAAAUCGGUUUGGAGAUGACCUACCGGAAACAUUUCCCUACCGGGCGAAGGCACUGUUUGCCUUUGAAGAGAUUGACGGGACGGACGUGUGCUUCUUUGGCAUGCAUGUCCAGGAGUACGGCUCGGAGUGUCUCAGGCCAAAUCAGAGGCGUGUGUAUAUAUCGUAUUUAGACAGUGUUCACUUCUUCCAACCCCGUGCUUACCGAACAGCAGUAUACCAUGAAAUCCUCAUCGGCUACCUUGAUUAUUGCAAGUUAUUAGGGUAUGAAUGGGCCCACAUCUGGGCGUGUCCCCCAAGCGAAGGGGAUGACUACAUCUUUCACUGUCAUCCCCUGGAGCAGAAGAUCCCUAAGCCAAAGAGACUGCAGGACUGGUACCGUAAGAUGUUGGACAAGUCUGUGACGGACAAGGUCGUUGUGGACUUCAAGGACAUCCUGAAGUCGGCAAUGGACGACGGCAUCACCUGCGCGACCGAGCUGCCGUACUUUGAAGGCGACUUCUGGCCCAACGUUCUGGAAGAGAGCAUCAAGGAACUGGACCAGGAGGAAGAAGAGCGACAGAAGGCAGCGGAGAAGGCCGCCGCGGCCAGCGCAGGGGAAGAGUCUGUACCGAUCGGCAGCAAGAAGUCCCAGAAGAAGUGCAAGAAGAACAACAAGAGCAAAAGCAGCAGCAACCGCAAGAACAACAAGAAGACUAACUUCCCCCAGCAAGGCAACGACCUGUCCCAGAAGAUCUUCUCCACGAUGGAGAAGCACAAAGAGGUGUUCUUUGUCAUUCGUCUGGUGCCCAACCCCGGCCAGAACCAGGAACCCAUCCAGGACCCGGACCCCUUGGUGUCCUGCGACUUGAUGGAUGGCCGGGACGCCUUCCUGACCUUGGCAAGGGAGAAGCACUAUGAGUUCUCCUCACUGCGACGGGCCAAGUACUCCACCAUGUGCAUGCUGUGUGAGCUGCACAACCAGGGACAGGACCGCUUUGUCUACACCUGCAAUGAGUGCAAGCACCACGUGGAGACAAGAUAUCACUGCACCGUCUGUGAGGACUAUGACUUGUGCAGUAACUGCUACCGGAAGAUUGGUCACAAUCACAAGAUGGAGAAAUGGGGACUGGAACUGGACGUGGACUCCAACAGCGGUGCAUCGCGCAACCCACAGGAAGCCCGUCGCCAGUCCAUUCAACGCUGCAUCCAGAGUCUGGUCCAUGCUUGCCAGUGCCGAGACGCCAACUGCCGCCUACCCAGCUGCCAGAAGAUGAAGCGGGUGGUGCAGCACACCAAGGUCUGCAAGCGCAAGACCAACGGGGAGUGCCCCAUUUGCAAGCAGCUCAUCGCCCUCUGCUGCUACCAUGCCAAGCACUGCCAGGAGCAGAAAUGCCUGGUGCCAUUCUGCCUGAACAUCAAACACAAACUCAAGCAGCAGCAGCUGCAGCACAGGCUGCAGCAGGCACAACUGCUGCGCCGACGCAUGGCUACCAUGCAGAGGGUGACUGCCCCAAACCAAGCCAUGAACCCACAGGCUUCCACCACCGGUGCCAAUCCCAUACAACAUGGUGCACGACCUCAGCAGGCCACAGGAGUGGCAGCCCAGCAACAAGGGGGUAUGAAACCUCAGAACAAUGCCAUUGGCCCACCACCAGCUGCAAUACAGGCGGCUAAGCAAGUACAAGAGGCCGCAGCCCAGGUGGCCCUAACAAAUCCCCAAAUGGUGCCCCAACAGCAGCAGCCACAAAGGACUGUCUCGCCCUCACAGGGCCAAGGAAGGGGCAUGAAGCCCAUAUCAUUACCUAACCAACUGGGCCAGGUGAAUCCAAUGCCACCACCACAGCAGAUCAGCCACUUGCCUAAGUCGCUCUCCAUGCCCAAUCCGGGGGCCUCUGCCGGCCAGAUGAUGUCUCCCAUGGACCCGUGGAACCAGACCCAACCACAGACUGUGCCUGUCAAUGUGACAAGUAUGCAUGGCAUGCAGAACAUUCCCAAUGUGCCAAAUAUUCAGAACAUUGCAGGAGGCGUGGGCAUGAACAUGUCAGGCAACGUAGGAGUUGUGCAACAACAGCAGCUGAGCCCUGGUGGCAUUGGCCAGCAGGGUCCAGUCCGUGCCAACAGCUUCCCACCUCAGGCGCUCCAGCAACUGCUGCAGACGCUCAAGUCACCGCAAUCGCAGCAGCAACAGAAGCAGGUUUUGAACAUACUCAAGUCCAACCCUCAGCUAAUGGCAGCAUUCAUCAAGCAGCGUUCACAGCUGCAACAGCAGCAACAAGCAGCUCAGGCCCAGCAGCAGCAACAACAGCAGCAGCAACAGCAGCAACAACAACAGCAGCAACAACCUGGGCAACAGCAGGCAGUUCAGCAAGCCGGCAACCCGCAACAGGUAUUCAAUCAACAGCAGCAGCAGUGGCUGCAAACCCAGCAGAGACGGCAGCUGGCUAGACAAUUCCAACAGCAGCAGCAGCAGCAACAGCAGGUCCAGCAACAGCAGGUCCAGCAACCAUUCCAGCAGCCUCAGAUGCAUGGCAACCUUCCACCUUUCAACCAGGCUAUUGCCUUGCAGCAGCAGCAGCAGCGGCGGAAUGCAAUGGCCCAGCAGGGAGCAGGCUCACAGCUCCUGCCGCAGCAAAUGCAGCAACUUCAACAGCAGCAGCACCUCCAGCAGCUGCAACAGCAACAACUGCAACAACAGCAGCAGCUGCAGCUGCAGCAGCAACAACAGCAGCAGCAACAAAAUCAGGGUGACACCAUGGCGAGCAUGCAGUACCAAAAGCUGCUCCUGCAGAAGCAGCAGCAGCAGCAGAUGCUUGCAAACCAGAACCAGACAGGAGUUCAGCAGCAAGGCAUGUUGCCUAACCAGUCACCGCAGCAUGUUAUGCAGCAGGUGCGUUCACCGCAAACAGCCAACACCCUGGUGCAGGUGCGAUCGCCCAAUCCUAACCCCUCACCGAGGCCUCAGCCCACCCCGUCCCCCAGAACGCACUCUGCCCAGCCAUCACCCAGGCCCAUGCAGCAGAUGAACUCCCCACACCCUGGCAAGCCUGAACCUAUGCAGACGGACCAGCCAAUGCUGUCACAGAACCCACUACAGCAUGGCACCAUGGCACAAAUGAACAGUCCUGCCAAUGCUGCUACGUUAAACCAAGACGAUUCAGACAUGACCCCCUUGGAUCCCCAGGACCAACUGACAAGAUACGUGGAAACCUUGUAAUAUAGCCAUUUUUUUUAAAUAAAAGAAUACCAUUGACGUUAAGUGACCCGACUGCUCUACAAUAUCACAGAACGGCCACUAUGCAAUCUAGUGGUAUAGCUUCAUUAGUGUUUUUUUUUUUUUUCAGAACAAAUUCAACUGAAUUUUUGAAAAAGUUUGUAAAGUUUUAUUGUUAUUUUACUUUGUAUUUUCUUCUCCAUUCCUACUUUUGGAUGAUAUUCUUAGGUUUGUAAUAAAUAUUAAAUACAAAAAAAAUUAAUAAUAUAAAAACUUCUAAAUACAAGUAUAUGCCUAGUACAUAGGACUCGUCGUCGGUUGUAGAUGCCGGGUUGUGUGCUGGACUAGGAAGCAAUUAUUUGUACAGAAAUUUCCCGGAGGGGCAAUUAUUAAAUAUGUUGACUAUGUAGUAGUUCAGAUGUGAAAAUGAGAGAGGAGCCUAGUUUAUCAAGGAAAAAAAUAUACAGUUUGUUCAUUUGUUUAAUAUCUUCCUACGUCUUAAUGUGCUGUAAGAUUUUAGCUAAUAUGUAGACGUAGACUUGUCUCUUCUCCCUAUUUUUAAUAAAAAGCAACGACAAAAAAAAUUACAGUGCUAGUACGGUAUUAACUAUGAAAUGUUUGUGUGUCACGUGUUUCUUUUAUCCCCUGCGGCGUAGAUAGUUGAAUAAUUUAAUUGAAUGAUCAUGCAGGUUCUGACAUUAAAACUAUAUAUGGUAUGAAUGACAAAUCCUACGAUGAAAUCUUUGUACAAAGACGAGACAAGAGAGGGGCACACAUGCUUAUUUCCUACUUAUAUAUCGUAUUGCGUAAAAAGAAAAGAUACAGAGGACGUAACUCGAAUGAAUGUGUGCACUUUACAGAUUUGGAAGAUUUUUACUUGUCACUUUCUGGUUUUUAUCUCCAUUGAGCUAUUUGUAUUAAAUGUAUAUAAGAUACAGUAAAAUAAAACAUGGACUGUGGAAGUUAACCAUUUUGCAGCCUCGACCUGAGAUACAA